AUGAAAGAGCACAAGAACACUCAUCUUCACACAGACAAUCCUCUGAACGGCUGCUGGUCCAGCGAAAUCAUUCUCAAGAGGAACUCAAGAGCUCAUCGUUUUGAUACAUUCGCAUCUCAGGCGACAAUACCUACACAAUCCACCAGCGCAAGCCCAGAACACUUGCAAACAACAUCACACCUGCGCAACAACUACAACCUCGCCAAACGUCCCAUUCCUCGAGAAGGUCACAAAGCAAAGCAUCGAAGACAGGCCCUCCAACCAUCCGCCAAUAUGAGCGACGCAGAAGACGAUUACAUGAACAUGACCUUCACGGACGCCGCUCCCUCGGCCCCAAAGACUUCUUUACAGCGGCAACAAGAACGACGCCGUCUGGCCUCUCUAAAGUCACAACCCAAGACCAAGAAAGAGCUCGAAAAAGAAGCAGAGCUAGCCCGAGAAACCGCCCUCGCGACCUCGACACUCAGCAAUCCUUCCUCAAAAGGCGCGCUCAUGAUGGCAAAAAUGGGCUUCAAAGGCGGCGCACUAGGCAAGUCUGCAAACGCACGCACCGAGCCCAUAGAAAUCAGCAUCAAAGAAGGAAAAGGCGGAAUAGGCAUGGACAAUGAAAAAAAGCGCAAGAUACGAGAACAAAUGGAGGAACUACAAGGAAAAGAAAAGAGACAAAAAGCAGAAGCAGGAGAAUAUCGCGAAAGGGUUGCGAGGGAAAGAGAGGAAAAGAGAAAGGAAGGGCAAUGGUGGGGUGCGAUGAAAGUGUGUGAAAAGUUUGAUACCGAGGAAGAAGUUGAGAAGUCAGGGAAGGAGUCAAAGAAGGAUAAGAAGAAGGUUAAUCUGCUAUGGCGCACCCUAGCCUUACAAAGAGACCAAAGAGACAAAGAAAAAGUGCUCAGAAAAGGAGCGUUGGAUUCUCUGUCUUCGAGGUGGACUGACGAUGAAGCAGAUGCAGACGAUAAAGUGGCCAUGGGAGUUGAAGUUGAAGAUCUUGAAGAUGAGGAAGAUACAGAACUGGAAGAGUUUAAUGCUUUGGAGGUGGGUGAGAGACUCGAGAAGACGGUGAGGUAUUUGAGGAGUACUUAUCACUAUUGCUUUUGGUGCAAGUAUAGGUAUGCUGAUGAGACGAUGGAAGGAUGUCCUGGUUUGACAGAGGAGGAGCAUGAUUGA